AUGGCUGAGGAGAAUCAUCGAUGGCUGAUUGAAACCGGCAGGUUGUCGGAUUUCAAACUCAUCUGCCAAGGCAAGGAGAUCCACGUUCACAAGACUAUGCUCGCCAGUCACUCCAAGUACUUUGAAACUCUUUUCAGCAGUGGCUUCAAGGAGAAUAUAGAUGGCGUGGUUGUUUUCGAAGACGUUGAAUCAGAGCUUAUGCGUCACCUCCUUGACUAUUUCUAUAAAGGCACCACCGAAUGGAAUGCCCCAAAGGCCGAUUUGGAGCUACAUGUCCGACUCUGGAUCCUCGCCGAUCUGUUGGAGGCUUCGACAGUCAUGCUUACUAUUGAGAAGCGAAUGAUGGACGCGCUGUCGUCUUACCAGAGCAAGCCCCAGGCCAUCAAACUCAUCGAUCUGGUCUUCGCACACCAGGCUUGGGCAAGAUCUGCUAUAGGAUACACUCUUAGCGAGGCCGCCUGGGUCUUGUACCUUGAUAGGAAUCGUCCUUUCCCCGCUAGCUGCGUCGAAAAUGCGUUAUGCAAGUACCACGACUUGGCUGUCAUGACGAACUGGUGGUCUUCUCAAUACGCCAGAUUCAGCAAUAAGAAUGGCAAGGCCUUUCUAUCAACCAGAAAAGAGCUUUUAAGAGACAGCACGAUCGAAGUCAACUUCACGAAGACGUCUAGAGAUUAG